GCCUGGCCGGACUCUAGAAGAUGCCCAGGUCAGGAGAGCGGAGCCCAGGCAUUUCCUGCAGCUGCCACCCUCCUUCCUGCUGCCCUCCAGCUGACCACAAGAAAUACGCUUGGCUCCUGCCUCUUCUCCACACAGUAGUUGGUCCACAGCAUGCUAAUCAGGAUCGGCCCCAGCUGGUUUUUGGAGCAACAGCUCAUCGUGGAUGACGCAGAGAGAGUGGACCCCACCCACAAGUCCCCCCCAGCUCCAUUCAUGACCGAGGGACCUCCCAAGCCAGCUGAGCCAGACCUGCCCCCUUCCAAUGUCACCAACGCUACGGACUGCGGGGAGGAUAUCUUGCUGUACGGCGAGACCGAGAAGGUGGUCAUCGGGACGGUCCUCUCCGUCAUCACCUUGCUGACCAUCGCCGGCAACAGCUUGGUCAUCAUCUCCGUCUGCAUUGUGAAGAAACUUCGCCAACCCUCCAACUACCUGGUGGUCUCCUUGGCUGCCGCCGAUCUGUCGGUGGCCUUUGCUGUCAUGCCCUUCGUGAUCAUCACAGACUUGGUGGGAGGAGAGUGGCUUUUUGGAGAGGUCUUCUGCAACCUGUUCAUCGCCAUGGACGUCAUGUGCUGCACGGCCUCCAUCAUGACGCUCUGCGUCAUCAGCGUGGACAGGUACCUGGGAAUUACCCGGCCUUUGACUUACCCCAUAAGGCAAGACGGGAAGCUGAUGGCUAAGAUGGUGUUUAUUGUCUGGCUUCUGUCGGCCUCCAUCACUCUCCCUCCUCUGUUUGGCUGGGCGAAGAACAUCACCGUGGAGCGAGUUUGCCUCAUCAGCCAGGACUUUGGUUACACCGUCUAUUCCACCGGCGUCGCCUUCUACAUCCCCAUGACAGUCAUGCUGGUGAUGUACAACCGGAUCUACAAGGCGGCCAAAGUCAGUGCGGAGAAGCAUCGGUUCAUGGACCUCUCCAGACACUAUGACCAGGACGGGGCGUACUGCAUCGAGACGGGCGUCCGCGGCCAGCACAGCACCAAGCGCGACAAGGCUGCGGAGGAGUGCGCUACUUUGUCCAAACUUCUCCGCCAAGAUCGCAAGAACAUCUCGAUCUUCAAGAAGGAGCAAAAGGCGGCUCGGACCCUGGGCAUCAUAGUAGGGGCCUUCACCUUCUGUUGGCUGCCCUUCUUCUUGAUGUCCACCGCCAGACCUUUCAUCUGUGGUAGCCAGUGCAGUUGUAUACCGCUGAGGCUGGAAAGGACCUUCCUUUGGCUGGGGUACACCAACUCUCUUAUCAACCCCUUGAUCUACGCGCUCUUCAACCGAGACCUGAGGACUACUUUCUGGAGCCUUCUACGGUGCAGCUACCGCAACAUCAACCGAAGGCUGUCCGCUGCAGGCAUGCAUGAGGCCUUGAAGGCCACGGAGAAGCAUGAGGGCAUAAUUUAAGAUUCUGGACUGUUCUGACUUUCCCUUUCCAGGGAAUUGAAGUUGCUGUGUGCUUCCUCUUGGAGGUGGACUCUGGUUGUGAUGUCAAGACGGCAGAUCUCCCUACCAAAGGGAAGCAUUUGUUUAGUUUCCUUUUGGUAUCGGAGACUGUUACCAACUCACAAAAAAUGUUUUACUGGUCUGCUUAAGUUAAUUAUUUGUGGUGCAGCAGGGAGAAAAAUGAGAACAUUUCUCUUUUAAUUUGCAGAAACAUUCCUGCUUGGUGACCGAUGGGUUGUUUAGACUCGCCGUAGGUGAUCACCAGAAAAGUUCACUUGGAUGUAAAACACACACAAGGAUGGUGUUUCCCUGGUGGUGGCUACUCUGGUUCUAAACCGAGAAGGAAAGCAAUAACUGGAUAGAUGGGAGGUGUUCCCCACCGGCUUUUAACUCCUAGUUGGAAAAGAACAAGAUUGUAAGCACAUGGUAGAUUUCAUGGGUGCAUCAAGAUAAGUUUUGAAUUGCAUUUAUGUCUCAACGAGAUUCAUCAUUUUUGAGAAUCUAAAGCACCUUAGAUGCAGUGGUGGGAUCCAGCAGGUUCGCACCACUUCGGCAGAACCGGUUGUUAAAAUGGUGCCUGUAAACAACCGGUUGUCAAAUUAAGAACAU